AGUGCACACAUCUCAAAAUUCCCAAAUUUGAAAAACACAAGGAAAUGUCUGGUGCUCCAGCUUAAUUUUCACCAGAAGAACAGAGGCAAAAGAUCACCUGGAUGGAUAAUUCAGCCCUUCUAGUUUGACAAGAAAGGCCUGAAUCACGAUCGGGGGUUUUAGACAAAACGUCCACUAAAGUUGCCAAAACAUUUCAAAAUUUUUGUCAAAGUGGCUUUAAACUAACAGUUUAGCCCCAAUUUAUUGUAGCCCCAAUCUAGGGUUGUUGGUUUUUGUUUUGUUUUUUGAGUGGUCCCUAAUACAUCUCUCAAAAUUCAAAGUUUGGUUUAAAGAAAAGAAAACCUGGCCCUUUGUGUCAUUCAGACAACUCAGUGCUGGGAAAUCACACUUCAGCCCUUUUCUGGGACAAUCUUUCCUCACCUCCCUUUAUUUUGGGUAGCGUUCUUCCAGAAAGUUUGAUUUGAGUUUGUUAAGUUGGCUGUAUUCCUUGGUGGAGGGAAGGUCCGUCCCUCUUUCUGCACCUUAUUAAGAAGUCGAGAGCCACGCUUGCUAGCAACGGGAGUUGAUAGCAACCCUGCCUUCAGCGGGCAGAACAAGGGGGAACACCCUUGCUUGCCAUUCAGACAACAUUCUUCGGCUCCUUCCUGGAUUUUGCUCCGUAGAGGCAAAGCUUCCUCAAACUCCAUGGCCAAGGGUCCCGAGUACAGCAGCCUCGGCACUUUCCAUGAGCAAGUUCAGUGCCUCACCAAUGAAAAUGUUCAGCUACAAGAUCGAAAUGAAAAGCUCUACAGCAAAGUGGAAGAAUUGCAGGAAAAGCUGGGACAAUUGGCUCUCUCUAAGGCGGACAUGUCCUCCAGACUGAUUUGCAGUGAAGAGGAGAAGCUCAAGAUUUCCAAAGACUUUGUCGAUUUCCAGAUUGAUACCAACAAAAAGAGAGAACAACACGAAGCCGAGAACUUUGAACUGAAGAAUCUGAUCUUGGGCUUGGAGAAUCGUAUUCUGGAGAUUGAGCUCCAUGAUGAGAGGACUACCGGAGAACGGGAUGCUUUGCAGGAACGCCUGCAGACCUUGGAGAAUGACCACAAGGAGCUGGCCAAUGAGUACCUUGCUUUGAAGAGCAACUACCUUGUAUUGGGCAAGGAGCAUGAACAGGAACUCUCUAAGAGUGAAGAACUGAGCAGAGAGUUACUUAACUUGGUUAAGUCCAAGCAGGAGCAUCCACAUCACGUCCAAACCAAGAGCCUUGAGUCCCAGACUGAGGCUGAAGAACCAUCUGCUGAAGUAGAGCGGGUGCAAACCUUGAUCCAUCGCUUUUCUGCCCGCAGAGCCAAGCCCAAAGAUGUGGUGGCAGCUUCAGAACAUGAAGACCAAAAAUUGGAGAAAAGUGUGAGUUUUAAUGGUGCAGUGAUUUCAUUCCCCCAAAUUAUGGAGAUUGACUCAGCCUUCCAUCCUUCCGAGUUGCUCAGAAACCAAGGUCACAUCACUGAAGAGAUGGAAAAAAUGAGAGAAAUGUACAGUUCCCAGCAACAGAAAUUGGAGGAGAGAAUGAUCACCAUGGGCAAAGAAUUGCAGGAGGCCAAGAAAGCAAUUCGGAACACCCAGCAUAAACUGGCAGAAGAGUCGGCGAUCCUGUUGUCCUCUCAUGGGCAGCUUCAAGAGGUUGAAUCCGAAAAUUCCAGGCUACAGUUACAGCUCAAAGAGCUGAACGAGCAAUACCGCUCACACCUUGUUCAGUACAUCACAGAUCUGGCGGAGUACACGGAUAGUAAAUCGUCAGCUGCUACAAAGGAACCCGCUCAAAUGAAGCGUUUUGUGGACAGCAUGCUGAAAGACAUCCGGGCUUCCUACAAAUCUCGGGAGGAACAGCUAGCUAGAGCUGCUCGCGGCUACAAGAAACGCAUGCAGAAUUUGGUCAAGAAGCAUGAGGGCCUACUCGUGGCUUACAGGAUGCAACGUGAACAGAUCCGGUCCCUGGGCUCUCCGGAUCUGGAUCCUGGUCCACCGGAGCACCAUUUUUCCAUCACGGAUGCUGAACUGCUAACCAACACCUCGCAAGAGUUAAAUCGGUUACGGGAAGACAAAGCCAGCCUGGAGGGACAACUCUAUGAGCUACAGAUGAAGGUAAAACUAAGUGAAAAAAUGAUCUCCGGGACAUCUUUUCAUCCUCUGCCUCCCCCUGUCCCUAGUCUGCUGGAGGGAGACGGCUGGGCUGAACUGAGGAAGCAGCUGCGGGAAUUUACCCACGCUACCCAGGUGGAACUGGAAAAGGAGAGAAGCCAGCUGCUGGCCCGGGCAAUGGUAGCAGAAGAGCAGGUUGCUGAACUGCAAGAAUAUGUGGACAAACAUCUGGUGAGAUACAAGCAGGAGAUUGUGAGAAUGCACAAACUCCUAGGAACUGACGGGUCCCGAGAAUUGAGUGCUGGAGCAUCUGCGAUUCCAGUACUUUUGAUGUCCCAAAGGAACCUCAAUAAGGAAGUGUAGUUUUCUUGUCAGAAUCCUUGCAAAUGUUCUCAAGAGGCGCGAGUAACAACUAGGACCCAACAUCUGGUACACAUUUAUCUUCAAGAGAUAUUAGAUUGAAGUCCUCCAUAGUAGCCAUGUGGGUUCCUGGGUGAAAUUUAAGCUUCCAAAAUGUGAACGUUUUGUUCAACGCUACUCCAAAAUUCUGGAAUUUGUCUGUUUAUGAAGAGCUUUUGGAUAUAACACUGUGUAUAUAUACACAGUGUGUGUAUAAGAGGUGAUUAUACAUUCUUGGAAGGGCAUCCUGUGUAAAUGAAACAAAAUCUGUCCGCACUUUAUUUUGACUUAGUAUGGAAACAGAAGAUCACAUAUGAUUCCAUUUGGUCUAUGUUUGAUUUGUUGAUUAAAAACUGUCUAUCGCGAUUUAUAUAAAUAUAAUUUUAGUUUCA